AUGGCCAUUUCACCGACUGAAUUCGCCAAGAAGACGGCGCAAUUUGGGCGGAUGCGAAACGUCGAGUCCUUUCUUCCUACCGCGAAUGGAUCCGAGGCGUACGUUCCACGAAAUCCCCUCUCAAGCUUAUGUGCCGAUGAAGAACUGGAGAUUACUCCUUUUGAGGACCGUUAUUAUAUACCGCAGAAUUGGAAUCUAAUUGAGAGAAUGCAGGCACCUGAAAUCCAGACAAUGUACAAUGUCCCUCUACCCGUCUCCGCUCUCCGAACACGGAUGCGACAAGAGUUUGAACGAAACCGACACGCGAGCAACCUUUCUGUCGUCGACGUGCUCCUCUUCAAAUCCCACGCUGAAUACCAGGAAACCAUGAACUUCUGGAAGCAGCAGACUCAUAUCUUGUCUUAUUUCAACGACAACUUUAGAGGAGACAAGAGGCUUCCGUCUAGCUUCAUGUCUGGUUUCUUGGAGGGCCGAAAUUAG